GCGGGCCUUCCCCGGGAUUAUUUCGGGCCAAUAAUUUUUUAUUGAGCGCCUAUUGUGAAUCAGGCAGAGUGCGCUAAGCGUUGGAGAAACAGGUGAACGAAGCCGGGACAAGUCAUUCUGUGUGUACCGAGUCUAGUGUAGUCUUUGCCCUGGUCCUAGCGGGCGGGUCGUCCGUUCCUACUCUACGUUUCUGGAGACCCCGAGAUGUGAAUGGUUGCGGGCAUUAUGCUCUCCCAGAGCCUCGCCUGAGUGCGGAUCCCUUGGCUGUAGGGCCACGUUCCCCCUUCCUCUAAACCCUUCCCCCGACCAUAUAAGGAGAGGCAGCUGCUGGAGGCGUCCCCAGGAUCUAAAGAUAGCGGCCCCUGCCUCGGACUCCAAACGCCACCGGGCAGCGGGAGCCGCCAUGGCACGGCAGCAUGCCCGGACCCUGUGGUACGAUAGGCCCAAGUAUGUGUUCAUGGAGUUUUGUGUUGAGGAUAGCACCGAUGUCCAUGUGCUCAUCGAAGACCACCGCAUUGUGUUCAGCUGCAAGAAUGCGGAUGGAGUGGAGUUGUACAAUGAGAUUGAGUUCUAUGCCAAGGUGAACUCCAAGGACUCCCAGGAUAAACGCUCUGGCCGCUCCAUUACUUGCUUUGUGAGGAAGUGGAAGGAGAAGGUGGCCUGGCCCCGGCUCACCAAGGAGGAUAUCAAGCCAGUGUGGUUGUCUGUGGACUUUGAUAACUGGAGAGACUGGGAAGGGGAUGAAGAGGUGGAGCUGGCUCAUGUGGAACAUUAUGCAGAGCUUUUGAAGAAGGUCAGCACCAAGAGACCUCCCCCGGCCAUGGAUGACCUGGAGGAUGAUUCUGACAUUGCCGACGCAACAAGUAAUUAACUUUCUGUGACAGCAGAGCUGGGGAGGAAGCUGUGACUAUCUUCCAGUCACUCUGACAAGCUAGGGCCUGGGUCUUUGUCAGCUCUUUGGCUGUGCACCAGGGUCUUCUGUGAUCUCUGAACUUUCCUAAAAGCUCUUUAUUAAGGGUCCUCCUUCAUCUUUAUUUCUUCUUCCUAGGCACUUGACUAUGGCCGCUGCAUCAGAUAGCAGGAUAGGAGAGGAGUAGACUGGUGGGGUUUCUGACUUCCUACCACUUGACUGUAAUCUCUGCGUUUGGGCCACUCAGCAGGGCUCUCUUAAGUGUUUGAGCAUGUGUGUGUAUGGGGUACAGCAAAAGGCAAAGAAGCAUGUAGAUUAUAAUAAAUCUCUAGGAACUGUU